GUGUGUAAAGUCACGUGCUCAUUAACGCAGCUGCCAAUGACGAUACGUCUAAGGACUGCCACCACCCAGGUGAAAGAGAUAUUCGUCAGUAGCGUAAACACGAUAUUAAACGCUGUGUAAUUGCUAUGAUACGGUGGGGGGACAGCAUUGGACAAAGCUGGCCAGGAUUGUCUUUCAAUGAUAAAGUGAUAAUAGCUCUACUUGACACAGUUUUUCAGUGAACAAGUUUUCAUAGCAAACACUGGACAUAGCUGGUGGAAGUUGUCUGCCCCAGAAGACAUUGCAUGAAAAGAUUCCUUGGUCACUAGGAAGUCAAAUGUAAGUUAUAGUGACAGUUGACAAGCCAUAUUUUUUCUAGUUUAGUUUACUACUGUCAUAUAAGAUAAGUGUAAAAAAAACUUAAGUGUAAAAAAACUUAUUUUUUUAACACUUAAUAGCAUUUUAGCGCUGUUACAAUAAGGACUGUAAUAAUUUUAAGGGCUAAAACCUGGGCGCCUUUGGUCAUUGGCGUAACUGUAAGUAAGGUAAUUUCACUGAUUGGUACUCUUGAGUGUUGUGUGUUUUGGGGGUGGGGGCAUCAAUUUGGGCGUUCAUUCCCGGGUGACAUUCAGUCAAGAUGUACAACUAUGUAUGGAAAUAUCACCCCACACCCCACGUUUAAGAAUGCACAUCGUUUAUUGUGGCGGAGAGAAUUCUUACCCUAGCAUCUAGCUAGUCUUGAACCAAUCCCGUGUGACAGAACUGACAGUCAACCUAGUCUUGAACCAAUCCCGUGUGACAGAACUGACAGUCAACCUAGUCUUGAACCAAUCCCGUGUGACAGAACUGACAGUCAACCUAGUCUUGAACCAAACCCGUGUGACAGAACUGACAGUCAACCUAUUCAUGAACCAAUCCCGUGUGACAGAAUUGACAGUCAACCUAGUCUUGAACCAAUGACGUGUGACAGAAUUGACAGUCAACCUAGUCUUGAACCAAUCCCGUGUGACAGAAUUGACAGUCAACCUAGUCUUGAACCAAUCCUGUGUGGCAGAAUUGACAGUCAACCUAGUCUUGAACCAAUCCCGUGUGACAGAACUGACAGUCAACCUAGUCUUGAACCAAUCCCGUGUGACAGAAUUGACAGUCAACCUUGUCUUGAACCAAUCCCGUGUGACAGAAUUGACAGUCAACCUAGUCUUGAACCAAUCCCGUGUGACAGACUUGACAGAAAGUUCAUCGGCGAACUUCUGAAUUGGCAUAGAAUCUCUUAUGUCAUUGGAGAAGGAAUUCUUGUCUUGUGCAUUUGAAAUAAAACAUUGUCUUGAUAUGUGUUUAUGCAAACAUUACUAGGGUUACGUAGUACAAAAUUUGACACUCAACAGUGUUGACACUAGGAAGAAUUGUGGAAUACUUGAACCAGCCAGCCUAAAAAACCAGGAAGAUAUCAUUAAACCUGGACUUAUGGUUAGACAAUACCAUUCACCGGACGAAUUGUCAUGCGAUACCAUUCACCGGACUUAUGUUCAUACAAUACCAUUCACUGGAGGUAUGGUCAGACGAUAUCACUAAACCGUGACAUAUGGUCAGAUGAUACCAUUUAACCGGAUGGUAUGGUCAGGCGAUACCAUUCACCGGACUUAUGGUCAGACGAUACCAUUCACCGGACUUAUGUUCAUACAAUAUCAUUCACCGGACAUAUGGUCAGACAAUACCAUUCACCGGACUUAUGUUCAUACAAUACCAUUCACCGGACUUAUGGUCAGACGAUACCAUUCACCGGACUUAUGGUCAGACGAUACCAUUCACCGGACUUAUGGUCAGACGAUACCAUUCACCGGACUUAUGGUCAGACGAUACCAUUCUCCGGACUUAUGGUCAAACGAUACCAUUCACCGGACUUAUGGUCAGACGAUACCAUUCACCAGACUUAUGGUCAGACGAUACCAUUCACCGGACUUAUGGUCAGACGAUACCAUUCACCGGACUUAUGGUCAGACGAUACCAUUCACCGGACUUAUGGUCAGACGAUACCAUUUACCGGACUUAUGUUCAUACAAUACCAUUCACCCGACUUAUGGUCAGACGAUACCAUUCACCGGACUUAUGUUCAUACAAUACCAUUCACCGGACUUAUGGUCAGACGAUACCAUUCACCGGACUUAUGUUCAUACAUUAUCAUUCACUGGAGGUAUGGUCAGACGAUAUCAUUAAACCGUGACAUAUGGUCAGAUGAUACCAGUUAACCGGAUGGUAUGGUCAGGCAAUACCAUUAGCCGAACUUAUGGUCAGACGAUACCAUUCACCGGACACAUGUUCAGACGAUACCAUUAAAUGUGGACGUAUGGUCAGACGAUACCAUUUAAUCUUAUCUUUGUAAUAUAAAAUGUGCCGUUACUCACAUCUCUGUGAUCUUUUAGGGGCCAUCCAUAAUUGCACCACGCAUCUAGGGUGAAGGGUCACGAUUUGAUUAUAGCUCUAUAUGAACGUUGCAGUGGGAAGGGAAGCGUGUCUGUUCAUAUUCUGGCAAUGUGUCUGUUCAUAUUCUGGCAGUGUGUCUGUUCAUAUUGUGGCAGUGUGUCUAUUCAUCUUCUGGCAUUGUUGCUGCUCACAUUCUGAUAUUGUGUCUGUUCAUAUUGUGGCAGUGUGUCUAUUCAUCUUCUGGCAUUGUUGCUGCUCACAUUCUGAUAUUGUGUCUGUUCAUAUUGUGGCAGUGUGUCUAUUUAUCUUCUGGCAUUGUUGCUGCUCACAUUCUGAUAUUGUGUCUGCUCACAUCCUGGUAGUGUGUCUGUUCAUAUCCUGGUAUUGUGUCUGUUCAUAUCCUGGUAUUGUGUCUGUUCAUAUCCUGGUAUUGUGUCUGUUCAUAUCCUGGUAUUGUGUCUGUUCAUAUCCUGGUAUUGUGUCUGUUCAUAUCCUGAUAUUGUGUCUGUUCAUAUCCUGGUAUUGUGUCUGUUCAUAUCCUGGUAUUGUGUCUGUUCAUAUCCUGAUAUUGUGUCUGCUCACAUCCUGGUAUUGUGUCUGUUCAUAUCCUAGUAUUGUGUCUGUUCAUAUCCUGGUAUUGUGUCUGUUCAUAUCCUGGUAUUGUGUCUGUUCAUAUCCUGAUAUUGUAUCUGCUCACAUCCUGGUAUUGUGUCUGUUCAUAUACUGGUAUUGUGUCUGUUCAUAUCCUGGUAUUGUGUCUGUUCAUAUCCUGGUAUUGUGUCUGUUCAUAUCCUGGUAUUGUGUCUGUUCAUAUCCUGGUAUUGUGUCUGUUCAUAUCCUGGUAUUGUGUCUGUUCAUAUCCUGGUAUUGUGUCUGUUCAUAUCCUGGUAUUGUGUCUGUUCAUAUCCUGGUAUUGUGUCUGUUCAUAUCCUGGUAUUGUGUCUGUUCAUAUCCUAGUAUUGUGUCUGUUCAUAUCCUGGUAUUAUGUCUGUUCAUAUCCUGGUAUUGUGUCUGUUCAUAUCCUGGUAUUGUGUCUGUUCAUAUCCUGGUAUUGUGUCUGUUCAUAUCCUGGUAUUGUGUCUGUUCAUAAUCCAAAGUUGUAACUGUCGAUAUUCUGGCAUUUUGAUUAUUUAAAGGUUUUAAAAAUAAAGAGCUAUUUACCAUUAGCACGCAUUUGGGCAGCUGGGGUGUUAGUGACGCACAAGGCGUACGAAGUUUUUUGCUGCCCCCUAAACAGUUAACAUGGACCGUUUGAAUUAUUCCCCACCCCAACACACCUGCUACAUUUGUUUGUCCUUCGCACAUGCGAAGCUAACCAAGGGAAAAUGACCAAAGGAGAAUGACCAAGGGAGGAUGACCAAGGGAAGAUGACCAAGGUAAGAUAACCAAAGGAGUAUGACCAAGGGAAGAUGACCACGCGAAGAUGACAAGGGAAUAUGAACAAGCGAAGAUGACCAAGGGAAGAUGACCAAGCGAAGAUGACCAAGGCAAGAUGACCAAGGGAAGAUAACCGAAGGAGUAUGACCAAGGGAAGAUGACCAAGGGUGUAUGACCCAGGAAAGAUGACCAAGGGAAGAUGACCAAAGUUAAAUGACCAAGGGAAGAUUACCAAGGGUACAUGACCAACUCAAAUGACCAACGGAAGAUGACCAAGGGAAGAUGACCAAGGGAAGAUGACCAAGGUUAAAUGACCAAUGGAAACUGACCAAGUGAAGAUGACCAAUGUUAAAUGACCAAGGGAAGAUGACCAAGGGAAGAUGACCGAGGAGAAAUGACUAGGGCUUUGAUUUGAGAAGUAACGUUGACUUGAGCUGUAUAUUGUUUCAAGUGAGGGAGAGUUGCUCAAUUCAUCAAACUCACUUUCUCGUCCUUGAACAUUUGAUCCCAUUGCAAGACUUAGUCAAGUCAAUUCGAAAUAGACCAGGAUUCAGUACAUGACAAUCAUUUUUGUCUUUAUGCGUUCCACGUCAAAGUAGUUUUCAGAACUUUUUUUUUGUCAAAGUCAUACCGCAUAAAGCAUCUCCUGGUUUGAAUUUACAGUUUUCAUUCUCGUAGAGAAGUUGCCCUCAAAAUUAACGAGUCCAGUCCACCCGACGAGCCACGAUGGACAGCGCGAUUGAAGUGCACGUGCACAAAAACUAAUUUUUUUCAAAGUCAACUAGAUAAUCCGCGCAAAACUGUCCGGUUCAUUCUACCUACGCCAUAAUGGUUCAUUCUACCUACGCCGUAAUGGUUCAUUCUACCUAAGCCGUAAUGGUUCAUUCUACCUACGCCGUAAUGGUUCAUUCUACCUACGGCGUAAUGGUUCAUUCUACCUAAGCCAUAAUGGUUCAUUCUACCUACGGCGUAAUGGUUCAUUCUACCUACGCCAUAAUGGUUCAUUCUACCUAAGCCGUAAUGGUUCAUUCUACCUACGCCAUAAUGGUUCAUUCUACCUACGGCGUAAUGGUUCAUUCUACCUACGCCGUAAUGGUUCAUUCUACCUACGGCGUAAUGGUUCAUUCUACCUACGGCGUAAUGGUUCAUUCUACCUACGCCAUAAUGGUUCAUUCUACCUACGCCGUAAUGGUUCAUUCUACCUACGCCAUAAUGGUUCAUUCUACCUAAGCCGUAAUGGUUCAUUCUACCUACGCCAUAAUGGUUCAUUCUACCUACGGCGUAAUGGUUCAUUCUACCUACGCCAUAAUGGUUCAUUCUACCUACGCCGUAAUGGUUCAUUCUACCUACGGCGUAAUGGUUCAUUCUACCUACGCCAUAAUGGUUCAUUCUACCUACGCCAUAAUGGUUCAUUCUACCUAAGCCGUAAUGGUUCAUUCUACCUACGGCGUAAUGGUUCAUUCUACCUACGCCAUAAUGGUUCAUUCUACCUAAGCCGUAAUGGUUCAUUCUACCUACGCCGUAAUGGUUCAUUCUACCUACGCCAUAAUGGUUCAUUCUACCUAAGCCAUAAUGGUUCAUUCUACCUACGCCAUAAUGGUUCAUUCUACCUAAGCCAUAAUGGUUCAUUCUACCUAAGCCGUAAUGGUUCAUUCUACCUACGCCAUAAUGGUUCAUUCUACCUACGGCGUAAUGGUUCAUUCUACCUACGCCAUAAUGGUUCAUUCUACCUAAGCCGUAAUGGUUCAUUCUACCUACGGCGUAAUGGUUCAUUCUACCUACGCCAUAAUGGUUCAUUCUACCUACGCCGUAAUGGUUCAUUCUACCUACGCCAUACUGGUUCAUUCUACCUACGCCAUAAUGGUUCAUUCUACCUACGCCAUAAUGGUUCAUUCUACCUACGCCAUAAUGGUUCAUUCUACCUACGCCGUAAUGGUUCAUUCUACCUACGCCAUACUGGUUCAUUCUACCUACGCCAUAAUGGUUCAUUCUACCUACGCCGUAAUGGUUCAUUCUACCUACGCCGUAAUGGUUCAUUCUACCUACGCCAUACUGGUUCAUUCUACCUACGCCAUAAUGGUUCAUUCUACCUACGCCGUAAUGGUUCAUUCUACCUACGCCAUACUGGUUCAUUCUACCUACGCCGUAAUGGUUCAUUCUACCUACGGCGUAAUGGUUCAUUCUACCUAAGCCGUAAUGGUUCAUUCUACCUAAGCCGUAAUGGUUCAUUCUACCUACGCCGUAAUGGUUCAUUCUACCUACGCCAUAAUGGUUCAUUCUACCUACGCCGUAAUGGUUCAUUCUACCUACGCCAUAAUGGUUCAUUCUACCUACGCCGUAAUGGUUCAUUCUACCUACGCCAUAAUGGUUCAUUCUACCUACGCCAUAAUGGUUCAUUCUACCUACGCCAUAAUGGUUCAUUCUACCUACGCCAUAAUGGUUCAUUCUACCUACGCCGUAAUGGUUCAUUCUACCUACGCCAUAAUGGUUCAUUCUACCUACGCCAUAAUGGUUCAUUCUACCUACGCCGUAAUGGUUCAUUCUACGUACGCCAUAAUGGUUCAUUCUCCCUACGACAUAAUGGUUCAUUCUGCAUACGCCAUAAUGGUUCAUUCUACCUACGCCGUAAUGGUUCAUUCUACCUACGCCGUAAUGGUUCAUUCUACCUACGCCAUAAUGGUUCAUUCUACCUACGCCGUAAUGGUUCAUUCUCCCUACGACAUAAUGGUUCAUUCUACCUACGCCAUAAUGGUUCAUUCUACCUACGCCGUAAUGGUUCAUUCUACCUACGCCGUAAUGGUUCAUUCUACGUACGCCAUAAUGGUUCAUUCUCCCUACGACAUAAUGGUUCAUUCUACCUACGCCGUAAUGGUUCAUUCUCCCUACGACAUAAUGGUUCAUUCUACCUACGCCGUAAUGGUUCAUUCUACCUACGCCAUAAUGGUUCAUUCUACCUAAGCCGUAAUGGUUCAUUCUACCUAAGCCGUAAUGGUUCAUUCUACCUACGCCGUAAUGGUUCAUUCUACCUAAGCCGUAAUGGUUCAUUCUACCUACGCCGUAAUGGUUCAUUCUACCUACGCCGUAAUGGUUCAUUCUACCUACGCCAUAAUGGUUCAUUCUGCAUACGCCGUAAUGGUUCAUUCUACCUACGUCAUAAUGGUUCAUUCUACUUAAGCCGUAAUGGUUCAUUCUACCUACGCCGUAAUGGUUCAUUCUACCUACGCCAUAAUGGUUCAUUCUACCUACGCCAUAAUGGUUCAUUCUCCCUACGCCAUACUGGUUCAUUCUACCUACGCCAUAAUGGUUCAUUCUCCCUACGCCAUACUGGUUCAUUCUACCUACGCCAUAAUGGUUCAUUCUACCUACGCCAUAAUGGUUCAUUCUCCCUACGCCAUAAUGGUUCAUUCUACCUACGCCAUAAUGGUUCAUUCUACCUACGCCGUAAUGGUUCAUUCUACCUACGCCAUAAUGGUUCAUUCUACCUACGCCGUAAUGGUUCAUUCUACCUACGCCAUAAUGGUUCAUUCUACCUACGCCAUAAUGGUUCAUUCUACCUACGCCAUAAUGGUUCAUUCUACCUACGCCAUAAUGGUUCAUUCUACCUACGCCAUAAUGGUUCAUUCUACCUACGCCAUAAUGGUUCAUUCUACCUACGCCAUAAUGGUUCAUUCUACCUACGCCAUAAUGGUUCAUUCUACCUACGCCAUAAUGGUUCAUUCUACCUACGCCAUAAUGGUUCAUUCUACCUACGCCAUAAUGGUUCAUUCUACCUACGCCAUAAUGGUUCAUUCUACCUACGCCAUAAUGGUUCAUUCUACCUACGCCAUAAUGGUUCAUUCUACCUACGCCAUAAUGGUUCAUUCUACCUACGCCAUAAUGGUUCAUUCUACCUACGCCAUAAUGGUUCAUUCUACCUACGCCAUAAUGGUUCAUUCUACCUACGCCAUAAUGGUUCAUUCUACCUACGCCAUAAUGGUUCAUUCUACCUACGCCAUAAUGGUUCAUUCUACCUACGCCAUAAUGGUUCAUUCUACCUACGCCAUAAUGGUUCAUUCUACCUACGCCAUAAUGGUUCAUUCUACCUACGCCAUAAUGGUUCAUUCUACCUACGCCAUAAUGGUUCAUUCUACCUACGCCAUAAUGGUUCAUUCUACCUACGCCAUAAUGGUUCAUUCUACCUACGCCAUAAUGGUUCAUUCUACCUACGCCAUAAUGGUUCAUUCUACCUACGCCAUAAUGGUUCAUUCUACCUACGCCAUAAUGGUUCAUUCUACCUACGCCAUAAUGGUUCAUUCUACCUACGCCAUAAUGGUUCAUUCUACCUACGCCAUAAUGGUUCAUUCUACCUACGCCAUAAUGGUUCAUUCUACCUACGCCAUAAUGGUUCAUUCUACCUACGCCAUAAUGGUUCAUUCUACCUACGCCAUAAUGGUUCAUUCUACCUACGCCGUAAUGGUUCAUUCUACCUACGCCAUAAUGGUUCAUUCUACCUACGCCGUAAUGGUUCAUUCUACCUACGCCAUAAUGGUUCAUUCUACCUACGCCAUAAUGGUUCAUUCUGCAUACGCCGUAAUGGUUCAUUCUACCUACGUCAUAAUGGUUCAUUCUACUUAAGCCGUAAUGGUUCGUUCUACCUACGCCGUAAUGGUUCAUUCUACCUACGCCAUAAUGGUUCAUUCUACCUACGCCAUAAUGGUUCAUUCUUCCUACGCCAUAAUGGUUCAUUCUACCUACGCCAUAAUGGUUCAUUCUGCAUACGCCGUAAUGGUUCAUUCUACCUACGCCAUAAUGGUUCAUUCUACCUACGCCAUAAUAGUUCAUUCUACCAACGCCAUAAUGGUUCAUUCUACCUACGCCAUAAUGGUUCAUUCUACCUACGCCGUAAUGGUUCAUUCUACGUACGCCAUAAUGGUUCAUUCUCCCUACGACAUAAUGGUUCAUUCUACCUACGCCAUAAUGGUUCAUUCUACCUACGCCGUAAUGGUUCAUUCUACCUACGCCGUAAUGGUUCAUUCUACCUACGCCAUAAUGGUUCAUUCUACCUACGCCAUAAUGGUUCAUUCUACCUACGCCGUAAUGGUUCAUUCUACCUACGCCAUAAUGGUUCAUUCUACCUACGCCAUAAUGGUUCAUUCUACCUACGCCAUAAUGGUUCAUUCUACCUACGCCAUAAUGGUUCAUUCUACCUACGCCAUAAUGGUUCAUUCUACCUACGCCAUAAUGGUUCAUUCUACCUACGCCAUAAUGGUUCAUUCUACCUACGCCGUAAUGGUUCAUUCUACCUACGCCAUAAUGGUUCAUUCUACCUACGCCGUAAUGGUUCAUUCUACCUACGCCAUAAUGGUUCAUUCUACCUACGCCGUAAUGGUUCAUUCUACCUACGCCAUAAUGGUUCAUUCUACCUACGCCGUAAUGGUUCAUUCUACCUACGCCAUAAUGGUUCAUUCUACCUACGCCGUAAUGGUUCAUUCUACCUACGCCAUACUGGUUCAUUCUACCUACGCCGUAAUGGUUCAUUCUACCUACGCCAUAAAGGUUCAUUCUAACUACGCCGUAAUGGUUCAUUCUACCUAUGCCGAAAGGGUUCAUUUUUCCUACGCCAUAAUGGUUCAUUCUACCUAUACCAUAAUGGUUCAUUCUACCUACGCCGUAAUGGUUCGUUCUACCCAUGCUGUAAGGUUCGUUCUACGUACGGCCUAAGGGUUCGUUCGAAUGGAUUCCUGACCGAAAGAGACCCGCGUGAAUAUCUCCAUGCAAAGGUAGCACUUAAAAGGUUUCAAUGAUCUGUACAUUUCUCCAUUCCAAAGAUAGCACUUAGAAGGGGUUGAUGUCCCGUACAUCUCUCCAUGCCAAAGGUAGUCCUUUGAAGGAGCCAAUGUCAUGUGCAUUUGCUAACACAAACGGUGGCACUUAGAAGGAGUCAGUGUCCUGUACAUUUCUCCAUUCCAAAGGUAGCACUUAGAAAGUGUCGAUGCCCCGUGCAUCUUUCCAUGCAAAAGUUAGCACUUAGAAGGAUUCAGUGUCUAGUACAUUCCUACACGCCAAUGGAAGCACUUAAAAGGGGUCAAUAUCCCGUACAUUUCUCCAGGCUAAUGGUAGCACUCAGAAGGGCUCAAUAUCCUGUGAUAAAUCUCCCAAAUCGGGAGCAAUAAAGUCUUUGCUCUGCUUAGAAGUUCAAAUGUUCAAAGAGGUUCUUUGGAUUCAGCAUGUUUAGAACGUCUGUAUUUAAUGUUUGGGCUAACAUCCCUGUUUAUAAAUGUUGUCUGUCUGCCCUUUAAAUCAAGCCCGUUUAUUAGUGUGGUCCGACACUACACAACAACAUGCCCGUCUUUUAAUCUAGUAAUGUCUGUCAAGUGUUAUGUUUAUAUACAAUUCUAUAAAGUUGAAAUAGUUUGAUUUUUUUUCUUCAUGGUUUACGCCAUAAAAUUGUAGAGUGAGUUAUGUCUUUGCGUGUAUGGCAGUCUUGAAGAAACUUGAAUGCUGUUGAGCUGCUUUGAAAUAUUCAUAAAAUUUACGACAUUUAAAGAACAACAACCCUGUCUGCAGAUAUAGUAGAAUAAGUUUGCUAUGUCAGACCGUUGCAGAGUUAAAGAAUGAUUGUCCGCUCUUUCUUGUGGGCCACGCUACCGUCUUACGUCUCCGUGCUGUGUUUGUGUCUGCGCCAUGACUUAUAUCCUUGUGUUUGUCUUGAAGCAGGGGCGAUCAAUUCAACAUAACACAUGACAACAAACCAAGGAGAUUAAUAUAGAAUGUCACAAAAGGUCAUCGCGACCGCUUCAACCCAGUUCUUAAAUCCACUCUCUCAGGCCUCCGUGAAAUAUUAGACAGGUCCCCUUCAACAAAAACAGGCACACUAGACUUUGCCCCCCCCCCCCAAAAAAAACCCAACAACAACAACACAAAAAAAACAACUAAAAUUUUAAAAUAGACACCCCCCAACUCACACACACACAUUUAUAACUACGAUUGCAUACUCUCUGCACCAACACAAAGGCCAUAAUGUCAUUGCGUAAGUAAACGCAUUCUUGCAAAAUUAAAGAAAUGUUUUCGAAAAAAUAUCUCAUGAAAGAUAUUUUAUCGAACAUUUGACUUAUGAAAACAUUUUGCACAAGUACUCUGCUUGUCAGGGGAAAAUGUGAGGGUAGCUUAUAAUCAGGGCUGCCAUCUCAAACAUAUGUGAGGGUAGCUUAUAAUCAGGGCUGCCAUCUCAAACAUAUGUGAGGGUAGCUUAUAAUCAGGGCUGCCAUCUCAAACAUAUGACCGAUAUUGUAAACUAACCCAUUUUGUACAGUCGAGCGAGAUCGUUCACGGAUAUACUUAAAAACUACAAAAUAAUUUAAUACGAUUUUUAAAAGAAAAAUCAAAUCCUUGUAAGACAAUACUAUGUCUAUGAAAGGUUCCAUUAACUAUACAAGAGAUCACUUAAACAUGAGGCCAGUUGAGAAAUUUUCUUUAUUACUUAUUAUAUUGCUUUGUCAAAAAUAGUGAGUGACUCCCAAAUAUCAAAAUUCACGUGUAUCACCAACAUGGGUUCAUGAAUGACCACAUAUGGAAAUAAAAAUCAGAAAAACUUUAGGUCAACGAUUCUAACAUAAUUUAGAUGGCUGCGAUAUUUUUCAAUAUUUGAAUACAGCGUGGAUACAAUUCAUCCGACUAAACUUAUCAGAAUCUUUUAGUCCUAAUCACAAUGUCCAACUCUCCUGGUUCGAAUCUCCAUGUCCAACCUUCCUGGUCCGAAUUUCUUUGUCCAACCCUCUUGGUUCAAAACUCCUUAUCCAACUCUCUUGGUUCAAAUCUCAUUGUCCAACUCUCGUGAUUCAAAUCUCCUUUUCCAACUCUCUUGGUUCAAAUCUCAGUGUCUAACUCUCUUGGUUCAAAUCUCUGUGUCCAACUCUCUUGCUUCAAAUCUCCUUUUCCAACUCUCCUGGUCCAAAUCUCUUCUCCUUGUUCAAAUCUCAUAGUCCAACUCUCUUGGUUGAAAUUUCCUGGUUUAAAUCUCCUUGUCCCACCUUCCUGGUCCAAAUUUCUUUGUCCAACCCUCUUGGUUCAAAUCUCCUUUUCAAACUCUCUUGGUUCAAAUCUCAGUGUCUAACUCUCUUGGUUCAAAUCUCAGUGUCCAACUCUCUUGGUUCAAAUCUCCUUUUACAACUCUCUGGUUCAAAUCUCAGUGUCUAACUCUCUUGAUUCAAAUCUCCUUUUCCAACUCUCUUGGUUCAAAUCUUCUUUUCCAACUCUCUUGGUUCAAAUCUCCUUUUCAAACUCUCUUGGUUCAAAUCUCAGUGUCUAACUCUCUUGGUUCAAAUCUCAGUGUCUAACUCUCUUGGUUCAAAUCUCAGUGUCCAACUCUCUUGAUUCAAAUCUCCUUUUCCAACUCUCUUGGUUCAAAUCUCAGUGUCUAACUCUCUUGGUUCAAAUCUCCUUUUCCAACUCUCUUGGUUCAAAUCUCAGUGUCCAACUCUCUUGAUUCAAAUCUCCCUUUCCAACUUUCUUGGUUCAAAUCUCAGUGUCUAACUCUCUUGAUUCAAAUCUCAGUGUCCAACUCUCUUGGUUCAAAUCUCCUUUUCCAACUCUCCUGGUCCAAAUCUCUUCUCCUUGUUCAAAUCUCAUAGUCCAACUCUCUUGGUUCAAAUCUCCUGGUUUAAAUCUCCUUGUCCAACUCUCCUGGUACAAAUCUGUUUGUUCACAUCUCCUGGUUCAAAUCUCAUUGUCCAACUCUCAUUGUCCAAUUCUCCUAGUACAAAUCUCCUACUACAAAUCUCCUGGUUCAAAUAUCCUGGUCCAACUCUCCUGGUACAAAUCUCCUAGUUCAAAUCUCCUUGUCCAACUGUCUUUGUUCAAAUCUCAGUGUCCAACUCUGUUGGUUUAAAUCUCCUUGUCCAACUCUCCUGGUCCAACUCUCGUUGUCCAACUCUCCUGGUCCAAAUCUCCUGGUCCAACUCUCGUUGUCCAACUCUCCUGGUCCAAGCCUCCUCAUAUCUCUAUCCUACGCCUAAUCGAAAUAUUAAAAACGCUAAAAAUAUAUAUUUUUUUAAAAUCAAGAAGCUAGAGACAUGUGGCAUCAUAGAAGAUCAUAUAGCUCUCAUGUGGCAUCAUAGAAGAUCAUAUAGCUCUCAUGUGGCAUCAUAGAAGAUCAUAUUGCUCUCAUGUGGCAUCAUAGAAGAUCAUAUUGCUCUCAUGUGGCAUCAUAGAAGAUCAUAUCGCUCUCAUGUGGCAUCAUAGAAGAUCAUAUUGCUCUCAUGUGGCAUCAUAGAAGAUCAUAUUGCUCUCAUGUGGCAUCAUAGAAGAUCAUAUUGCUCUCAUGUGGCAUCAUAGAAGAUCAUAUUGCUCUCAUGUGGCAUCAUAGAAGAGCAUAUCACUCUUAUGUGGCAUCAUAUAAGAUCAUAUCACUCUUAUGUGGCAUCAUAUAAGAUCAUAUCACUCUUAUGUGGCAUCAUAUAAGAUCAUAUCACUCUUAUGUGGCAUCAUAUAAGAUCAUAUAACUCUCAUGUGGCAUCAUAGAAGAUCAUAUCGCUCUCAUGUGGCAUCAUAGAAGAUCAUAUCGCUCUCAUGUGGCAUCAUAGAAGAUCAUAUCGCUCUCAUGUGGCAUCAUAGAAGAUCAUAUCGCUCUCAUGUGGCAUCAUAGAAGAUCAUAUUGCUCUCAUGUGGCAUCAUAGAAGAUCAUAUCGCUCUCAUGUGGCAUCAUAGAAGAUCAUAUCGCUCUCAUGUGGCAUCAUAGAAGAUCAUAUCGCUCUCAUGUGGCAUCAUAGAAGAUCAUAUCGCUCUCAUGUGGCAUCAUAGAAGAUCAUCUCGCUCUCAUGUGGCAUCAUAGAAGAUCAUAUCGCUCUCAUGUGGUAUCAUAGAAGAUCAUAUCGCUCUCAUGUGGCAUCAUAGAAGAUCAUAUAGCUCUCAUGUUGCAUCAUAGAAGAUCAUAUCGCUCUCAUGUGUUAUCAUAGAAGAUCAUAUCGCUCUCAUGUGGUAUCAUAGAAGAUCAUAUAGCUCUCAUGUGGUAUCAUAGAAGAUCAUAUCGCUCUCAUGUGGUAUCAUAGAAGAUCAUAUCGCUCUCAUGUGGUAUCAUAGAAGAUCAUAUCGCUCUCAUGUGGUAUCAUAGAAGAUCAUAUCGCUCUCAUGUGGCAUCAUAGAAGAUCAUUUUGCUCUCAUGUGGCAUCAUAGAAGAUCAUAUCGCUCUCAUGUGGCAUCAUAGAAGAUCAUAUCGCUCUUACGUGGUAUCAUAGAAGAUCAUAUCGCUCUCAUGUGGCAUCAUAGAAGAUCAUCUCGCUCUCAUGUGGUAUCAUAGAAGAUCAUAUCGCUCUCAUGUGGUAUCAUAGAAGAUCAUAUCGCUCUCAUGUGGCAUCAUAGAAGAUCAUAUCGCUCUUAUGUGGUAUCAUAGAAGAUCAUAUCGCUCUCAUGUGGUAUCAUAGAAGAUCAUCUCGCUCUCAUGUGGUAUCAUAGAAGAUCAUAUCGCUCUCAUGUGGUAUCAUAGAAGAUCAUAUCGCUCUCAUGUGGCAUCAUAGAAGAUCAUAUUGCUCUCAUGUGGCAUCAUAGAAGAUCAUAUCGCUCUCAUGUGGCAUCAUGGAAGAUCAUAUCGCUCUCAUGUGGUAUCAUAGAAGAUCAUAUCGCUCUCAUGUGGUAUAAUAGAAGAUCAUAUCGCUCUCAUGUGGCAUCAUAGAAGAUCAUAUAGCUCUCAUGUGGCAUCAUAGAAGAUCAUAUCGCUCUCAUGUGGCAUCAUAGAAGAUCAUAUCGCUCUCAUGUACCAUCAUAGAAGAUCAUAUCGCUCUCAUGUGGUAUCAUAGAAGAUCAUAUCGCUCUGAUGUGGCAUCAUAGAAGAUCAUCUCGCUCUCAUGUGGCAUCAUAGAAGAUCAUAUCGCUCUCAUGUGGUAUCAUAGAAGAUCAUAUCGCUCUCAUGUGGCAUCAUAGAAGAUCAUAUAGCUCUCAUGUGGCAUCAUAGAAGAUCAUAUCGCUCUCAUGUGGCAUCAUAGAAGAUCAUCUCGCUCUCAUGUGGCAUCAUAGAAGAUCAUAUCGCUCUCAUGUGGUAUCAUAGAAGAUCAUAUCGCUCUCAUGUGGCAUCAUAGAAGAUCAUAUAGCUCUCAUGUUGCAUCAUAGAAGAUCAUAUCGCUCUCAUGUGUUAUCAUAGAAGAUCAUAUCGCUCUCAUGUGGUAUCAUAGAAGAUCAUAUAGCUCUCAUGUGGUAUCAUAGAAGAUCAUAUCGCUCUCAUGUGGUAUCAUAGAAGAUCAUAUCGCUCUCAUGUGGUAUCAUAGAAGAUCAUAUCGCUCUCAUGUGGUAUCAUAGAAGAUCAUAUCGCUCUCAUGUGGCAUCAUAGAAGAUCAUUUUGCUCUCAUGUGGCAUCAUAGAAGAUCAUAUCGCUCUCAUGUGGCAUCAUAGAAGAUCAUAUCGCUCUUACGUGGUAUCAUAGAAGAUCAUAUCGCUCUCAUGUGGCAUCAUAGAAGAUCAUCUCGCUCUCAUGUGGUAUCAUAGAAGAUCAUAUCGCUCUCAUGUGGUAUCAUAGAAGAUCAUAUCGCUCUCAUGUGGCAUCAUAGAAGAUCAUAUCGCUCUUAUGUGGUAUCAUAGAAGAUCAUAUCGCUCUCAUGUGGUAUCAUAGAAGAUCAUCUCGCUCUCAUGUGGUAUCAUAGAAGAUCAUAUCGCUCUCAUGUGGUAUCAUAGAAGAUCAUAUAGCUCUCAUGUGGUAUCAUAGAAGAUCAUAUCGCUCUCAUGUGGUAUCAUAGAAGAUCAUAUCGCUCUUAUGUGGUAUCAUAGAAGAUCAUAUCGCUCUUAUGUGGUAUCAUAGAAGAUCAUAUAGCUCUCAUGUGGUAUCAUAGAAGAUCAUGUCGCUCUCAUGUGGUAUCAUAGAAGAUAAUAUUGCUCUCAUGUGGUAUCAUAGAAGAUAAUAUCACUCUCAUGUGGUAUCAUAGAAGAUCAUAUCGCUCUCAUGUGGUAUCAUAGAAGAUAAUAUUGCUCUCAUGUGGUAUCAUAGAAGAUCAUGUCGCUCUCAUGUGGUAUCAUAGAAGAUAAUAUUGCUCUCAUGUGGUAUCAUAGAAGAUAAUAUCGCUCUCAUGUGGUAUCAUAGAAGAUAAUAUUGCUCUCAUGUGGUAUCAUAGAAGAUCAUGUCGCUCGCAAGGCAAUCAAACAGAGGGGGCUGGGUGUUUACAAAAAAAAAAGGAAAAAUUCUUCUGAGAUUGAUUGUUUGUUUUAGGCCCCCAAAACUUCCAUGAUUUUACGAGAAUGUGAGGAGCAUUAAAACACCAUAGGUUACUGUGAACAUGAAACUAUUAAGCCACGCCGACAUAGUUGAUAUCAUAGAUACCAUCAUAUAUAUAUCAUCAUAGACAACGACAUAGUUAACAUCAUAGAUACCAUGAUAGACACCAUCAUAGACCACUGAAAUACAGGGGCGUGAAGGUCACAAACAUCAGGGGAAAUUAUUAAAAUUAUUCAUCACCGUCGGUUGUCUGUCCCUGUAAGAUUAUGGUGCUACAAUAACUGUGACCAAUUCAAGAGUGGUCUAUUUUUGUGCUAGUUCAGAAGUUCAAAGUAUAACAUUCAUAAGUUAAGUAUGGUUGGCUUGGGGGGGGGGAGGUUGGAGGGGACAUAAAAUAGUUCAUUUAUCACGGGGUGAGGUCAUGUCUCACUACUGGUCUGUUGGUCACUUUCUCCCAUCAGGGUGCCGGACACAUCNGUGCUAGUUCAGAAGUUCAAAGUAUAACAUUCAUAAGUUAAGUAUGGUUGGCUUGGGGGGGGGGGGAGGUUGGAGGGGACAUAAAAUAGUUCAUUUAUCACGGGGUGAGGUCAUGUCUCACUACUGGUCUGUAGGUCACUUUCUCCCAUCAGGGUGCCGGACACAUCCUUCGAUUUGCUUGUCGUUCACAUCAUAAGGUCAUGUCAUUUGCAAAAAUAAAUAAAUAUCAAUAUUAAAAGUGGAUUCAAACAUCUAGAUUCUAGAACGUCCCUCUAGAAAGAUUGGUGUGAACCAUGAGCACCCACAGGGGGGGGGCAAGGGGGGCACUUGCCCCCCACCCCCCUGGAUUGAUUGGAUAAAAUUUUUUUAGACAAAAAUAGACACAAAUUUAUUAAAGUAAAGAGAAAAUAAAGAGAAAGUAACUAAGCUGAUGUCCUGUCCGUUCGUUAACCAUACAAAUACGCUACAGUAAAUUAAAACUACAUUAAAACAUUACUAAAAUUUUUUUUAGCCCCUCUAGACAGGUAAUCGAUAUCCCCCGCCCCCCCCCCCUAGAAAGUUUUCUGCGGGCGCCCAUGGUGUGAACUAUUUUACUCAAGUUAAAGUUGUACCAACUCUGUCAAUGACAUCAUCAAGAUUCUUCUUUCUGAUAAUAUUUUCAUUAAAAAUCAAUCAAAUUUGUUGAAUUGAUUCAAUAAAAGACAUGGGUUUUUUUUUCGUUUCAAGAGUAAUUUUUACUGACCUGGUAUUGAAAUAACAACCUGCUUGAUACAUGCAGAUGUGACUUGAGAUGUUCAGUUAAAAAUUCUUGUCUGUAUCCGAGCAGCUAUGGUCAAGUGAACAUCACCCAUUAAAAUGUAUUGGACAAAUACUGUACGAGAAUAGACAACAUAAACCCUUGAAAUGUGUGUUCAAACGAAUCGUAACACUUUAUUUUAAUUUCGAGUGGCUCAUUUCUUCUCGUUCCUGAUUUUUUUUUUUUUUUGCCAGCCUAAUGUACUUGUUAAGGUACACAAUUUGAAGAAGAACCAUGCACAUCUGAUUUCACCAUGUAAAUCUGACAUCACCAUGUACAUCGGACCUCACCAUGUAAUCUGACCUCACCAUGUACAUAUGACCUCAUCAUGCACAUCUGAUUUUACCAUGUACAUCUGACCUACCAUGUACAUCUGACCUCACCAUGUACAUCUGACCUCACCAUGUACAUCUGACCUAGAGACCGACUAAAAGUGAUUUUUUUUUAUUUCGGCUGAAACCGAAACCAGACCCGAAAGUAAAACAUAACUCACUUUAGAGCACUCGGCCACCCAGCAACCCACCAUAGUAAAAUCUAGUCUCAUAAUAGUGCUUCCCUGCAUUAACCAUAGAAGUCUGAAUUAAUUUUCUGUUUGUGUGGUCUAAAAUUACAGCAAGCUGUAUUGGAAGAAGGGAAGAGAAGGGGUGGAACGAAACUGGGGUAUUACAGCUGUACAGAUGUUGGGUGACUUCUAAAAAUAGAUUUCGAAUGCAACUUUCUAGAUCUUACAGGAUAUGUAAAAAAUCUAACGCCGCUGAGCGGAUCAGUUGAGAGAUUGCAUUAAACACAUUCGUAGUCUUGAAAAGAGAGCGCUCAUUCCACGCCGAUGAUAACAUUAAUAUCAUCCACGCAAGGUGCACAUCCGUCAAUGCAGCUCCAUUUAAAUGCCAGAGUUCACUGGACAAUGGGACAUCCACAUUGAAACGUACGCAAAUGAAAAACAUAUUUUAUACCCCUUCCGCACCCUGCCAAUGUAAGGGGCGGUCCAUAAUUUACUUACGCCCUUAAGAGCCGUACGACAACAAGGGGGAGGGGUGGUCCCAAGAAUAUUGCUACAUUUAGACAUACACUCUAUAAUUGUUAUCCUGACAGUCUCUUAUAUAGCCAUCUGGCCCCUACCCAGAUGACGUCAUUAUUUCGUUUGUCGACCAACCACCUCCAUCCUCAUUGGUGGGUGAAAAUAUUUGUGUAACCGGGUUCCUUUCAAUCGCAUGACUGACCGGUCUCGGCGCAGAAACGUAAAUGACAUCUCAAAAUCUUACAAUGUUCGCCAAAAUCGUAAGAGUAGACAUUAUGUCUUCUACAUAGGCCUACUACAUAAUUAUAACACCAAACAGUGAUACGUGCACACGUGUGAUAUUUUGUCAAUGACAAUGCUUAUCAGCAUGAUGAUGAUGAUAAUGAUGAUGAUGAUGAUGAUGAUGAUGAUGAUGAUGAUGAUGAUGAUGAUGAUGAUGAUGAUGAUGAUGAUGAUGAUGAUGAUGAUGAUGAUGAUGAUGAUGAUGAUGAUGAUGAUGAUGAUGAUGAUGAUGAUGAUGAUGAUGAUGAUGAUGAUGAUGAUGAUGAUGAUGAUUUUCAAUGAAUGAAUGAAUUUUAUAAGAUUAAGCUUCCUUAAUAUUAUUUUUUUUUAGACAAACGUGUUCUUUAAAAAAAAAAAAAUUAAUGGAUUUGUCAAUAUUCCAAAUGAUUUUUUUUUUUUUGCCACAAUACUAUUCACCUGUGUCUAUGACAUUUGUGUCAAUAUUAAAGAUGAAUCAAAAUGUAUGUCACAAAUCAACAAAUUGUAUAUACCCAGGUUUCCCAAAUUGUGUCCCCAAAAACAUUCAAAUAAAAAUUUAAAUAAAUAUUAGCAUUCCCGAAGUUUUAGCUCAACGAAAAUAUUAACCUUCGGCUAAUCGAAACUGUACUUUUGGACAUAUUAGAACAAGCAGGUCAUCAUGCAGUUGUGAGCAAGGUUCUCAGAGGUUUAUGCAUAUGUCAGCAAGACUUUCAGCAAUAAUGAAUGUCGUAUUGCCGGGCGACAGAUAUAUAGAAUCUGACUUUUGACAGGCGACCGAAACCCUUAAUCACUUUCGGCCAGAAGGCCAAAAUUCUGAAACACUUUCGGCCGAAACCUAAAAUAACCCGAAUAUUAACCUUUAUGUUUCGGCCCUAAACCGAAACCACACUGAAAGUGAUGAAAUGGCAACUUUCGGCGCCGAAACACACCAUCCCUUUAUCUAAGCCUAGAUCUGCACUGGAGACGUUAUGUACUCUCGUUACUCCUCUGUCAUUAGGCAUUCUCUAUUAGCGCCCUGACCAGCGUAGCGAACUAUUUUUUUAAUUCUGCUACCAGCGUGGCAUCGUGAUAUAGACUGUACAAUUCAUAUAUAGACUGUACAAUUCAUAUAUAGACUGUACAAUUCAUAUAUAGACUGUACAAUUCAGAUAUAGACUGUACAAUUCAUAUAUAGUCUGUACAAUUCAUAUACAGACUGUACGAUUCAUAUAUAGACUGUACGAUUCAGAUAUAGACUAUAUGUUUCAUAUAUAGACUGUACGAUUCAGAUAUAGACUGUACGAUUCAGAUAUAGACUGUACAAUUCAGAUAUAGACUGUACGAUUCAUAUAUAGACUGUACGAUUCAGAUAUAGACUGUACGAUUCAGAUAUAGACUGUACAAUUCAGAUAUAGACUGUACGAUUCAGAUAUUGACUGUACAAUUCAGAUAUAGACUGUACGAUUCAAAUAUAGACUGUACGAUUCAGAUAUAGACUGUACAAUUCAGAUAUAGACUGUACAAUUAAGAUAUAGACUGUACAAUUCAGAAAUAGACUGUACGAUUCAUAUAGAGACUGUACGAUUCAGAUAUAGACUGUACAAUUCAGAUAUAGACUGUACAAUUCAUAUAUAGACUGUACGAUUCAGAUAUAGACUGUAAAAUUCAUAUAUAGACUGUACAAUUCAUAUAUAGACUGUACAAUUCAUAUAUUGACUGUACAAUUCAGAUAUAGACUGUACAAUUCAGAUAUAGACUGAACAAUUCAGAUAUAGACUGUACGAUUCAGAUAUAGACUGUACAAUUCAUAUAUAUACUGUACGAUUCAGAUAUAGACUGUACAAUUCAUAUAUAGACUGUUCAAUUCAUAUAUAGACUGUACAAUUCAGAUAUAGACUGUACAAUUCAGAAAUAGACUGUAAAAUUCAUAUAUAGACUGUACGAUUCAGAUGAAGACUGUACAAUUCAGAUAUAGACUGUACGAUUCAUAUAUAGACUGUACAAUUCAUAUAUAGACUGUACGAUUUAGAUAUAGACUGUACGAUUCAUAUAUAGACUGUACAAUUCAUAUAUAGACUGUACAAUUCAUAUAUAGACUGUACAAUUCAUAUAUAGAUUGUACAAUUCAUAUACAGAAUGUACAAUUCAGAUAUAGACUGUACAAUUCAGAUAUAGACUGUACAAUUCAGAUAUAGACUGUACAAUUCAUAUAUAGACUGUACAAUUCAUAUAUAGACUGUACAAUUCAUAUAUAGACUGUACAAUUCAUAUAUAGACUGUACAAUUCAUAUAUAGACUGUACAAAUUCAGAUAUAGACUGUACAAUUCAGAUAUAGACUUUACAAUUCAUAUAUAGACUGUACGAUUCAUAUAUAGACUGUACAAUUCAGAUAUAGACUGUAUAAUUUAGAUAUAGACUGUACGAUUCAUAUAUAGACUGUACAAUUCAGAUAAAGACUGUACGAUUCAUAUAUAGACUGUACAAUUCAUAUAUAGACUGUACAAUUCAGACAUAGACUGUACAAUUCAUAUAUAGACUGUACAAUUCAUAUAUAGACUGUUCGAAUCAUAUAUAGACUGUACAAUUCAUAUAUAGACUCUACGAUUCAUAUAUAGACUGUACAAUUCAUAUAUAGACUGUACAAUUCAGACAUAGACUGUACGAUUCAUAUAUAGACUGUACAAUUCAGAUAUAGACUGUACAAUUCAGAUAUAGACUGUACGAUUCAGAUAUAGACUGUACAAUUCAGAUAUAGACUGUACAAUUCAGAUAUAGACUGUACAAUUCAGAUAUAGACUGUGCGAUUCAGAUAUAAACUGUACGAUUGAGAUAUAGACUGUACGAUUCAGAUAUAGACUGUACGAUUCAUAUAUAGACUGUACGAUUCAGAUAUAGACUGUACAAUUCAUGGUUGGUACAUAAUCUCAAUCCAUAUUCAUCUUUUUGUUGGUCCAUAUAUUUUCAGGAGAACUUUAAUCUCACAUGUGUUUGAUAGGUUUUCUGUCAUUUUUCUUAGGGUCUAAGUUUCAUUUGAGUAUGUCACAACUGGUGCGAUUAAAGUUUCAUAAAAAUUCUCUUUGUUUUUCUUGUAAUGUUUUUUUUCCUUCUUUUGAGAAAUUUAUGACUGCAGAAGUAUGCCCUGUUACCGGCUGAUGUGCUUCCUUAACUUUUGUUAGUAAUUCGUUCUAUCCUUUAAUAAGGACCGCUACCAAUAGAUAAAGGUAAUUAUAUUCAUAUGUAAUAUUUGAUAUGUAAGUGUUACUAUUAUAAUCCAGGCAAUAUGCUAUAUAGUGACCCGUACACAGUGAUAUCGUAAGCCGUGACACCCUACACAGUGACACCGUACAUAUUGACACACUGCAUAUUGACACAGUACACAUUGACAACGUACACACCGUACACAGUGAAUCGUACAUUGACAUCGUACACAUUGACACCAUAUACAUUGACACCGUACACAUUGACACCGUACACAGUGACACCGUACACAUUGAUACCGUACACAGGGACGCCUUACACAUUGACACCCUACACAUUGACACCAUACACAUUGACACCGUACACAGUGACACCGUACAAUGACAUUGCACACAGUAACCGUAGGAAGGAUGGAAGUAUCUUUCGGCCCACCCUGUACUGCACCUUUUCACAUCUAUGGAGGGGUGGCAUUUUCGUCUAACUGCUGUCUGCGAAAAUAAACUUGGACUAGCCCUACCGACGCCACUGACUGUUACAUAGUAACAUAGUAUCACAGUAUCAUGGUAGCACAGUAACAUAGUAGCACAGUAUCAUGGUAGCACAGUAACAUAGUAGCACAGUAACAUAGUAGCACAGUAACAUAGUAGCACAGUAUCAUAGUAGCAUAGUGACAUAGUAGCACAGUAACAUAGUAGCACAGUAGCAUAGUUGCACAGUAUCAUAGUAGCACAUUAACAUAGUAGCACAGUAACAUGUAGCGCAGUAACAUAGUAGCACAGUAACAAAGUAACACAGUAACAUAGUAGCAAAGUAACAUAGUAGCACAGUAACAUAGUAGCACAGUAUCAUAGUAGUACAUUAACAUAGUAGCACAGUAACAAAGUAGCACAGUAACAUAGUAGCACAGUAACAUAGUAGCGCAUCAACGUAGUAGCACAGUAACAUAGUAGCACAGUAACAAAGUAGCACAGUAACAUAGUAGCACAGUAACAUAGUAGCACAGUAACAAAGUAGCACAGUAACAUAGUAGCACAGUAACAUAGUAGCACAGUAACAUAGUAGCACAGUAACAUAGUAGCACAGUAACAUAGUAGCACAGUAACAUAGUAGCACAGUUAAAUAGUAGCACAGUAACAAAGUAGCACAGUAACAUAGUAGCACAGUAACAUAGUAGCACGGUAACUUAGUAGCACAGUAACAUAGUAGCACAGUUACAAAGUAGCACAGUAACAUAGUUGCACAGUAACGUAGUAGCACAGUAACAUAGUAGCACUGUAACAAGGUAGCACAGUAACAUAGUAGCACAGUAACAUAUUAGCACAGUAACAAUGUAGCACAGUAACAUAGUAGCACAGUAACAAAGUAGCACAGUAACAUAGUAGCACAGUAACAUAGAAGCACAGUAACAUAGUAGUACAGUAAUAUAGUAGCACAGUAACAAAGUAGCACAGUAACAUAGUAGCACAGUAACAUAGUAGCACGGUAACAUAGUAGCACAGUAACAUUGUAGCACAGUAACAAAGUAGCACAGUAACAUAGUAGCACAGUAACGUAGUAGCACAGUAACAUAGUAGCACAGUAACAUAGUAGCACAGUAACAUAGUAGCACAGUAACAUAGUAGCACAGUAACAAAGUAGCACAGUAACAUAGUAGCACAGUAACAUAGUAGCACAGUAACAAAGUAGCACAGUAACAUAGUAGCACAGUAACAUAGUAGCACAGUAACAUAGUAGCACAGUAACAUAGUAGCACAGUAACAUAGUAGCACAGUAACAUAAUAGCACAGUAACAUAGUAGCACACUAACAUAGUAGCUCAGUAACAUAGUAGCACAGUAACAUAGUACCACAGUAUCAUGGUGAGACAGUACCAUAGACAGUUGCACGUAUCAUAGCGACGCAGUAUCACAGACAGUAGCACAGUCAGUACCCCAGUAACAUUGCAAUAACAUUGUACAGUCAUGCUCUUAUCUUUGAUGGUGGUGGGGGGGGGGAUCAUAUGUGACCUUGCGGUUGUGGGGCCAAGGACUGACCCCCUGACACCAAUCUAAGAUGCUAUGUUCCAAACUGUGUUUUGUUCUAGCUUUGUUUAGGUCGUUAAACUCUACAAUAAGAUGCAGCUCUACAAGAUUGCGUUAUUACUUAUUUAGUUAGGUGCUUAUGGAUUGAAACUCACAAUUUUAAAAAAUAAAUAAUUGUUGUUACUUAUGUUAGUAGUAUAGCCCCCACAAACAAACCAUUCUCGGUUCACAUGAAAUUUCGGGGAUCAUCAGUCAUUUGAUUUGUAGGAUAUCUAUCCUAGAAUGAAUAAUAUUAAUGUCUUUUUUUAAAAGGGAAACUUGGGCGCCAGUUGGAAACGACGCCUCCUGAGGACCAGUUUGGGGCGGAAAAGCAAAGGCGUAGUUAAGGUGUUUGGCGCCCGGGUGGCAAGAUUCACUUGAAAAAACCUCCUUUACUUUUUUCAACUCUCAAACCCUUCACUUUCAUCACUAAAACAAUAUUAAAGCAUAUUUUGGCGCCCCUAACUAGUCUGGCGCCAAUGCUACAUAUUUCUCUCCGCACCCCCUUAGCUACGUCUCUGCGGAAAAAAGGGGUUGGGGCGCUGCUAACAGACACAAGUAGGUCACAUCAGUUGGAGAGUUUAGUUUCCCACCCGUUUCAUGUUUUUAAACACCGCCCCAUCCCAUUCCCUGGUGGUUUAGGCCCAUUCCCUGGUGGUUUAGGCCCAUUCCCUGGUGGUUUAGGCCCAUUCCCUCGUGGUUUAGGCCCAUUCCCUGGUGGUUUAGGCCCAUUCCCUGGUGGUUUAGGCCCAUUCCCUGGUGGUUUAGGCCCAUUCCCUGGUGGUUUAGGCCCAUUCCCUGAUGGUUUAGGCUCAUUCCCUGGUGGUUUAGGCCCAUUCCCUGGUGGUUUAGGCCCAUUCCCUGGUGGUUUAGGCCCAUUCCCUGGUGGUUUAGGCCCAUUCCCUGGUGGUUUAGGCCCAUUUCAACUUACGUUUCUGGUUUGCGCCCCUCCCUCCAACUGCCCCCCCCCCUGCAUUUCAUAUACCCAUAUACAUGCUGAGCUUGCUUUACAAAAAAGUCAAAUCCGUGAUUGAAUUUCCAACUGCGACUCUAUAACACAUUGUACGGACCUUCCUGAAGGAGCGCCACAAAUAACUUAUUUACUCUUUUAUCUGGCUGUGUAAUUGCCCCAAAUGUCGAACUGUAAGAUUAGCAUGUCUAACAUACUACUACAAACAACACGUCUCACAUGUUACCAUAAACAUACCAAAGUAUUCCGGAGGAGAAAACAAUAAACAACAAGUGCACCGUUUGAAGUCACUCACUUCCACCAUGACUGACACGCCGAUCUGUUGUGCUAGUCGAUGUCUUGACUUGGGACUAACCUUUGACUGUGAUGACUGGGACAAGAUUGAUGACAGGAAUGAGUUUGUGGUCAGAUAUUCAAGCCGUUUACGUUCAAAUAUAUCGGAGAAUAAUUAUUCUCGAAGGACUGAUUUUGAUGCCAGAUAUUCCAAGCGGUUCACGUUCAAAUCCUAGGAGCACAUUAUUGUAGGAAUGAGUUUGUCACUAGGUAUACAAGCAAUUCACUUUCAAAUGCUAGGUGAAUGUUCUUGUAGGAAUGAGUUUGUCACUAGGUAUACAAGCAAUUCACUUUCAAAUCCUAGGAGCACAUUAUUGUAGGAAUGAGUUUGUCACUAGGUAUACAAGCAAUUCACUUUCAAAUACUAGGUGAAUGUUCUUGUAGUUUGAUACAGCCAUUGUUAAAAUCGACUGAUCGCUGCUAACAGGCACAAAUGAGCUCUUAGAAUUAAGUGCAUUAUGUUAAAAAUCUCAUACAUUUCAACACAUGUUAACAAUCUCAUCUGUUUAAACAUUUUUGUCAAGUCUUUAUUAUCAUAUUUUCUGACUCUGAUGUUUAUUUAUUUAGUUAAAACAUGAUAUUUUCCCCAUUUUAUUAACCAUGAUUAACAUGUAUGAGAUUUAUCCUAUCAGAAGUAUUCAUUGGGUUCAAAUACAAUGUAUUUCUUCCCGUAGAUUAUCUAGAUGUGUUCACCAUUCUUCUUCACAACAUCUGUGUUACAUUCAAAGAACCCUAAUAAUCGAAUAUAGCUAAUAAUGGAAUAUUUCUAAUAAUCGAAUAUCGCCAGUGCAUUGAUCAAAGAAGACAUUGAGUGCACACCACAUAUUUUACUAGUAGUUUUGUGGAUUUGACAGCUGUCAGUACGGAAUGCUUUACACCGGAUUUACAUUCAAGGCGUCAAGUGAGAAUCCUUGGUGUUCAAGCACUGACAUUUCCGGUGUCGUGUUUACCUGUCUAGUGGCCCCCGAUUGGUUGGAAAAAAAAAUUACCAGAAAACGUCCCGUCAACCAAAGACAAAUCAGUUUGUUCAACUUUCCUUUGAGGUAAACGUAUCGUUGUUGUUCGUCCUUUACAUUCGAAGAAGACCAAGACUGUAUCACAUGGUGAGGGCGCAGGUGGCUCGCCUGUUCUUCUUGUGCCUGGAAAGCUUUUCCACGCGUAAGACCCCUAGUUUUUUUGGGGUUCUAGUAGGAUUGGAUUAUAUUUUCCUCCUCCAUUUAGGCGCGUAGAGGUGGUCUCAAAUAGGGCAGCCUAGAUAGCUAGAGGGGAUAGCCCUGACGUGCGCUUUAUUUGGAUUAAAAAUGAGGGGAAGUUGCGCAAUUAUAUUCCUUGCCUAUUUUGAUCUAGUGGUGAGACUUGGUCAAGACGACUGGAAAAGGACAAGGGUGCAGUGGAUGACCAGCAGUGUUUGUUGUGUCUCACUGUGUCCUUACACAGUGCUACUUGUUAGGUCUUAUAUGGUGCUACUUGUUAGUUCUUAUAUGGUGCUACUUGUUAGGUCUUAUAUGGUGCUACUUGAUAGAUCUUAUAUGGUGCUACUUGUAAGGUCUUAUAUGGUUCUACUUGUUAGGUCUUAUAUAAAAUGGUGCUAUCUUUUAGGUCUAUUUACACAAAGGUGCUACUUGUUAGAUCUUAUAUGGUGCUACUUGUUUGAUCUUAUAUGGUGCUACUUGUUAGAUCUUACAUAGUGCUACUUGUUAGGUCUUGUACAUAACAUUUUGCUAUUUGUUAAUCUAACAUGAUACUAAUUUUGAACUUUUACACGGUUGCACUUGUUAGGAAUUAUAUUUAAAGAGUGCUACUUGGUGCUAAAAUGGAUAGAUUUAUCCUCGGUAUUAUUCUUAAAACAGAUUCCCCCACCUCAUUGAAACUUCAACAUGCAUUGAUUGAUUUUAAAGGUUUGAUUGUGCAGAAAUUUGUUUGUGUUUUUUUUUUUUAUAGUUGCAGACUCGACCAUGGAAUCUAAGUCACAUGACAAUAAUAAGGAUGUUGAUGGUGUAGAGAAGUGUGAGGUAAGUUUGAUGAAUCUCAAAUGAUUUGUUUGAAAACAAUAAAUAAUUUUGUGGAUUACUUACAAGGAUGUUGUGGACGAUAUAAAACGAUAAUUCUGAUAAAAUAAAAAGAUUUUUGUGGGUAAGAGAACAGGACGUUGCAGAUAGCUUAGACUGAUGUUAUGGAUAACAUAAAAGGGUGUUAUGGAUAAGAGAGCAGGAAGUUGUGGGUAGAUUAAAAGGACGUUGUGGAUAACAUAAAUCGAUGUGGUCGCAGCGCAAUUAUCACGUUGAUUAGUUCCGUUCCAUUUGUAUUGUUGUUGGUUGUCCGUCCGUCAAGAUCGACUAGGACCAUCAAGUCAUCCGGGUUUUUUUUUUUUGGGGGGGGGGGGGGGUUUCGGGGGGAGUUUGCUUUAGUUGGUGAUCUAAUGUUGCUUUCUCGGACCAGCCCGGGUGUCUCAUGGGUGGCUAUCCUACCGGCUUCGUGUUAUUUAGCCCCCUUCUUGACAUCUGAUCUCCACUUGGCUCUAUCGUGGGCUGUCUGCGACCAUUCAAAUGGUUUGAAGCUGAUGGCAUUUAGUGCCGCUUUCAGUGUGUCCUUGUAACGCUUUCUCUGACCUCAUUGGGAGCGCUUGCCUAGCUUGAGUUCACCUGAGAAUGUUUAGGGGGACGGUUGUCUUCCAUACAUGCCACGGCUUGUGUCCCAACCUACGGAGUUGAGACUGCAUCACGGUGGUGAAGAUGCUCGGUAAGUUCGCUCUAGUGAGGACAUCCGUGUCAGGCACUUUGUCUUGCCACCUGAUGCCGAGGAGUUUCCUAAGGCAGGUUGUGUGAAAGUGGUUUAGUUUCUUGCCGUGACACUGGUAGACAGUCCAUGUUUCACAUCCAUAUAGCAAUGCCCAGAUGAAAUCUGCGCUAUAGACCUUGAUCUUUGUGUCUCGCCUGGUAACUCUCCUCUCCCAUACAAUGAUUCGGAGUCUGUUAAAUAUUGCACUAGAUUUGCGAGUCUUGAUUUCAUUUCAUCAUUCAUGACGACAGAUCCGGAGAGAAUGCUGCCCAAGUAAGUAAAUUUAUCCUAGGCAUUUAGACGCUGUCCGCUGAUGGUAAGGCUCGGUUCAGCGUAGGGCAUACUGGACGCUGGAGGAUACAUCACUUAAGUCUUCUUUGUGUUUAUUGUCAGGCAAAAGUUGCUGCAGGCCUCAGAGAAGAUAUCAAAGCUUUGUUGCAAGUCGGUUUCAGCGUCAGCAUUGAUGGCACAAGCGUCCGCAAACAGAAGCUCGUUGGCGGUGUUAUGCUUGACCGUGGAUUUAGCUGAUGCCGGCUAAGAUUGAAGACUGAUCCAUUCGUGCUAAACCAGAUCGGCAAGCCCGUGGUGGAGUCCUUGAUCGCAUCAGAGAGCAUUGCCGACUACAUAAUACUGAAGAGUGUGGUAGCCAGGACACAACCCUGCUUCACACCGUUUGUAACAGGGAAUGCUUGAGAUGAUUGACCGUUGUCCUGCACUGGUGCCAUUAUGCAGCUGACGGAUGAUGUUGGUCAAGUUUUCUGUGCUCCCGUACUUCUUCAUGAUUUUCUACAUGUAACCUCUAUUGACCCUGUCAAAAGCCUUAUGUAUGUGGUCCAUUCUAUUGUUCCUGACAUUGCUAUUGGAGUUGCCUGGCAGCAAAAACCAUAUCGAUAGUUCCCUCGUUCUUUGCGGAAACCGCAUUGACUUUCGGGUAUUAAACCUAGCUCCCAAUGGAUUUGACAUCCCUAUCAUAUUUGUAACAACACCUAUGUGACUUCCUUAAGAUAUUUGUUUAACACCUGUGUGACUCCCCUGCGAUGUUUGUACAAAUACCUGUGUUACUUCCCUAUAAUAUUUGUACCAACACCUUUGGUAGUUCCUAUCAUAUUUGUACCAACAUCUUUAGGAGUCCCUAUCGUAUUUGUACCAACACCAGUCUGUUGAGACUAGGCAGAGAAAUAUUUACUUUGAGAAGCCUGGACCUGGUCCUUGUUUUUUGUUUUUUUUUUAACAUCGCUUUCUUGGGUCAGCCUGACCUAUUGUCGUCAAAACUUCCUGCUUUGCUUUGCUUAUUAGUUACAAGGAUUUAAAUAAAUAAGGAUAAAGGGAUUUAAUUAUGUAAGGACAUAAUUGUUAAAAAUUUACAGGUGUUCCGUAGUUAGCAUAUAUAUAGAGUCCAUUUUUGUGUCCAUUUGGUCGAUGGAUAUUCCAUGUUAUGAUAGAAAUGUGUCCUAUGGAACAUAUUAAAUUAUAUUUGAAUGUCAAGUUCAUGAGGCAAAAAUAUGUUCCCAGAACAUCUACACCAAUGGGGUCCAAGUUAAGGGGCAUGGAAACGGAGGCAAUAGCAAGACCCACGGUAACGGACAGUCUCAGCUGGUGCCAGGUAAUGGACAGUCUCCCCUGGUGCCAGGUAAACAAGCUGACAUUGAUGAAGAGGACCCUUGGAAGGUGACAAGUAUAAGUAAGGACUACACACCUUGGAGUGGUAGGUCAUAUGUAACAUUACUUCAUUGUUCGUUCUAAAAUGAAUGCGUUACUUCUAUACUAUAUAACUGCGUUACUUAGUUAUUAAAUUACUUCGUCACCUCGUUAUUAGAGAAAUGUGUUACCUUAUCAUUACGUUACUGCGUUAGUCUAUCACUGCAGUAUUUUAUUAAUACAGGCUUCAUUAUUUCAUUAUUGCAUAUAUAUGAAUCAAAUACUGCAUACAUAGAUCGAAAAAAAGGGAAAUAAGCGAAACAAUGGAAAGGAAAAGGGCAAACCUGAGGGAAAAAGGGCGCACGAAAACAGCCAACGCGUCGGCAAGAAGCCUUCGUCAUCGAACAAACAACAGUACUUCUGUCAGAGGGUCGGCGUUCUAUCUCCACACUGUACGACAUCUGGCAGCGGGUAAAAACAAUCGCGUAGACAACAUUGCAGCACGCGCAAAGGAAACCUAGGCUUAUCUCAAACUGCCCUUAGGGACUUCAAGAUGUUGAGUCUGGAUGACAAAAGAAAAACUGCUGCAGUGGCUGCUGUCACAAGACUUGCCCCCCCCCCCCCAAUACCUUAAGCGGUUGGCCGCACAAAGUGUUGCCUGAGCUAAAAAUAACUAUACGACGAAUCGUUUUAUGAACCCGAUCUAAAGACCAGACUACCAUAUUCACAUAACAACAUGUCCAUUUCCAUAACUUUGGACAUAUGAAACUAGCGUAACUGGAAUGCUGACUUAAUCUCUAGACAAAGAAACAUUCUCGUAAAAAACAAUUGACCUAAUUGCGCUCAAGAAUUUGAAUGUGGGAUUGCAUUCUUAUUUGGCUGAUAAACUAUUAAGAAAGCAUUAUUUACCUUUUUUAAUUUCAAACCGAAAUUCUUCUUCUUACUCUUUCCCUCUCCCCAAUGAAGCGAAGGCCACAAUACUUUCCCGACUUUUGCUGCCCUGGCUAUAUUUGCUAGUUCAGAUUAGUAUUCUUCAUUCUCUUCAUCCCUGCCUCUAGGCCCCUCUCCCAUGUGGCUCUCGAUCUUCCUCAUUUCCUGGUACCUUGAGGAUUUCGAUUCGGGGCCUUUCUCAUGAUGUUAGUGUUUGGUUGCCCCAAAAUGUGCCCUAUCCAUCUCUAUUGUCUAUUUUGUAUUUCGGGUUUUCUCGGAACACUUGAUGAUCUAUCCCACACGGAAAAUGUUACACAUUUUGUCAAACCCAUCCUUUUUUUUUUUUUGUUGAGGAUCCUUUAUAAGUUUCUGUUUAUAAAAACCUGCAGCUUAAUACAAAAUUAGAUAAUUCAAAAUUCUGUCUAUGACUCUUGGUAAAACUUAGCCACCAAUCCUCGAACCUAACCCUAAACCUAAUCCAAUCCUCGACCCCAACACUAAGCCAAUUGUUUUUUUUGUUUUUUUUGUUUUUUUGGAACUCUUGAUGAUCUAGCCCGCCCGGGAAAUGUUACACAUUUUGUCAAUCCCUUCCUUUUUUUUUUUUUGUUGAGGAUCCUUUAUAAGUUUCUGUUUAUAAAAACCUGCAGCUUAAUACAAAAUUAGAUAAUUCAAAAUUCUGUCUAUGACUCUUGGUAACACUUAGCCACCAAUCCUCGAACCUAACCCUAACCCUAAUCCAAUCCUCGACCCUAACACUAAGCCAAUUCCCGACCCUAACCUUAAACCAAUCCUCGACCCUAACCUUAACCCAAUCAUCGACCCUAACCUUAACCCAAUCCUCGACCCUGACAUCUCCAACCUGUUAACAUUGUCCGUUUCCUCAUAGACACAAUGUAAGUUUAUUCCAAUAAUUAAACCAUGCCAAUCGUUCUUGUUUGCAGCGCUGAGUACCAAGGAGAAGUAUGUCCGCGGUCUGACAUUUGUCAUCAAGAUUCUACUGGUCAUUGGAUGUUUGUACAUGUUCAUAUGUUCACUGGACUUUCUCAGUUCGGCCUUCAGGUUACUGGGAGGUAAUUGCUUACUUCACUGAUAUAAUCUCUUCCUUUAUUACGCAGUAUCAUGUAAAUGGUUUGUAAGUUUUAAGAAAGAAGAGAUUUUCAUAAAAUCAGAUUUUUACCCUCCCCCACCCCACUUUGCUAUUGCGCUCAGAUUGGCAGCCACUGCUUUCUCCCUCUCCCUUGUGUACACGCUUCUGCUUCAGUAGAAGGUAUGAAAUGUACAUGUAUGAUUUGAUUUAGUGGCAGGUGGCUGGAGUAUAACGUUUCCUGCUUAAUCACUAAUAUGAUGUGAAGUUUGAUUUUUUAAUUUUUUUGUUUUUGUUUUAUUUGUGACUGGCUGCACUGCAAUCUUACAGGUGAAGCUGCCGGGAAGGUGUUCCAGCAGAGUGACAUUAUGACCAACCCGGUGGCUGGCUUGAUGAUCGGAGUCUUGGUCACAGUCCUUGUGCAGAGUUCGUCAACAUCGACCAGUAUCGUGGUCAGCAUGGUAGGCUCUGGAAGUAAGUAGUGGUCAGUAGGGUGGGCUCAGGAACAAAGUAGUGGUCAGCAUGGUGGGCUAGGUAAGUAGGUAGUAAGCAGACUGGUUCGAUCAUGAAUUAAAUAGUGGUCAGUAGCUCUGCCUUUCCCCGUUCGUGGGUCAUGGCAUCAUAACUCCGCCUUUAUUCGUCCGUAGGUCAAACAAAGUAGGGUUAAACCUGAAAAAAAUGUGCACAUUUCUUUUUCUGCCCACGGAUAUUACUUCUAGGCUAAGUGCUAUUUUUUAUUCUUAUUUUUUCACCCUUUUUCUGUUGUUUUGUUCGAUGACGAAGGCCUUCUGCCGACACGUUCGUUGUUUUGUUGCGUUCAUUUUUCAGGUUUAACCCUAAUUUGUUUUACUCAUUUCAUAUUGUGCUGACAUUAUUGCAGUCUCUCCCCUUAUUACCCUUCGUCCGUAGGUCAUGGAAUCUUAAAUCUUAACUCCACCUUUCCCCGUCCGUAGGUCAUGGCAUCUUAACUCCACCUCUCCCCGUCAGUAGUCAUAAUAUCUUAACUCCACCUUUCCCCGUCAGUAGGUCAUAGUAUCUUAACUCCACAUUUCGCCGUCAGUAGUCAUAAUAUCUUAACUCCACCUUUCCCCGUCAGUAGGUCAUAGUAUCUUAACUCCACCUUUCCCCGUCAGUAGUCAUAAUAUCUUAACUCCACCUUUCCCCGUCAGUAGGUCAUAGUAUCUUAACUCCACCUUUCGCCGUCAGUAGUCAUAAUAUCUUAACUCCACCUUUCCCCGUCAGUAGGUCAUAGUAUCUUAACUCCACCUUUCCCCGUCAGUAGGUCAUAGUAUCUUAACUCCACAUUUCCCCGUCAGUAGGUCAUAGUAUCUUAACUCCACCUUUCCCCGUCAGUAGUCAUAAUAUCUUAACUCCACCUUUCCCCGUCAGUAGGUCAUAGUAUCUUAACUCCACCUUUCCCCGUCAGUAGGUCAUAGUAUCUUAGCUCCAUCUUUCCCCGUCCGUAUGGGUGUUUUAUACUAUCUCUAUCACGAGCAUCAUACCCGUUUUACACUUUAUACCUAUUUACUACUUUGACAUCUUAACCCAUUCAUUCGUUUAUAUAUAUACUUCUUUCACAUAUUACUGCCCCAAUGCUUAUCUUUUACUUCCUCACUACAUUGAUCACUCAGACCACUCUCAUCUCCACUAACUAUUUUGCACAUCCUCACUGCAAUGAUCACCCAGCAGACUUACAAAAACUGUACUCCACGAACUGACCUUGAGUAACCCCAAACCACCACAACUCGCCCUUAAAAAAACAUCUCGCCCACUCACAAUCAACAACUUUCCUUUACAAACAUUCACGCUCACAAAUCAGGUCAUAACAUUCUCUUUUCUCUAACAUUAUCCUACCAAGGAACUGCUAACAUUCUAACCUCAAAAGUUACGUAGGACGCUAAAUGUCAGAGGAGCUACGUCAGCGCCUCAACAUCGUAAACAUGUUGGUUGGAGAGUAUGGAAAGAGUGAAGAGUGCUAAAAAUAUGUUUCUUUUCUUGUGACGGAAAAAAGAAAAAAAAUAUGUUUGUGUUGCUGAGAGAUGUCUUGGUGUAAAUCUUCGUAAUUCAUCACAACACAAAGAAGCUCACUUUUUUAAAAUAUCAAAUGCAAAGCUUUUUUGACAUACACUUGUCCUUUGACUCAUCUAUGUUAAAUUAUUUGGGGACUGAUCCACAGCCUGAAAGAUUGCCUUUGCUGGAUUCAUAACUGUUGGGUUAAAAUAAGAUAAUCCAUCGCAAAUGAUUGACUUUUGUUAUCAAAAUAUUUGUUGCACUUGAUAUUUCUCUAGAUAAACACCACGUCAGUCGACAUCAAAUAUGGACUACUCUAUAUCUUGAUAGUUUCGCUGUUCUAUAUAAUUGAUAGAUGAAUGUCAUAUAUCGUUGAUAGUUGGGCUGUUUUAUUUCAUUGAUGGUUGGGCUGUCCUAUAUUAUUGAUAGUUGGGCCGUCUUGUAUCAUUGAUAGUUACGUCGUCCUAUAUCAUUGACAGUUGGGCUGUCGUAUAUCAUUGAGAGUUGGUUUGUCCUAUAUCGUUGACAGUUUCGCUGUCUUAAAUCAUUGACUGACUUCUUUGUCCCUGCCAACAACACAAACAUGUUGUUAAGAUGAUCGAUCUCUUUUUCAUUAUAGGUGAAUAUUUAAGAUUAAUGACUAGAUUAGUCUCUCAUGGAAUACAUUUACUAUGUUGAAUAUAUUGUGACAACAGUGUUAAGUCUCGCAUGUUAUUUCCCAUCAAAGGACUGCAACUCUCGUUAAUACGUCUGGGUUAUCGCGUGAUUUAUAUAUAUAUAUAUAUAUAUAUAUAUAUAUAUAUAUAUAUAUAUAUAUAUAUAUAUAUAUAUAUAUAUAUGAGAUAAAAUAUGACAGAGAAAUUACACACUAUACAACAUAUCAAAAAAGUGUAAAAAUAUUUUUUAAAAAAAAUAUAUAUAUAUAUAUAUAUAUAUAUAUAUAUAUAUAUAUAUAUAUAUAUAUAGGAGAUACAAUAUGACGGAGAAAUUGCCCACUAUGCAACAUUUCCGAAAAGUGUUAAAAUAUUUUUUAAAAAAUGGUACAAAACAUGUACAACCCGGUACAGAUGUCAUUCACUUCAAAGCAUUAAAAAAAAAAAUACGCAGAUAGACGACUUUCUGAUGCAAUUAUUUGAUAUUUGAAUUUGUUCCCCAGUUAUGGACAUCAGGACAUCAAUCCCAAUCAUCAUGGGGGCCAAUGUUGGCACGUCCGUCACCAACACCAUAGUGGCCAUUGGUCAGAUCACAGACAAGGGGGAGUUCAGGCGAGCGUUUGCUGGGGCCACUGUCCAUGACAUGUUUAACUGGCUGACUGUUCUGGUACUGUUACCUGUGGAGAUAGUGUCAGGUAAGACUUGGUACUGUUACCUGUUCAGAUGGUGUUAGGUGAGACUUGGUACUGUUACCUAUGGAGAUAGUGUCAAGUGAGAUUGUUUCGAUUAAUAUUUUGUGCAGUGUAUGUGAUGAAUGUAAUAGUGACUUUAAAUCAGGCCUUCGUAACCCAAAUUUAAGGCAGACUUUUUACACUUGAUGAAAAACUUGUGCGGGCCGAAAUAAAAUAGGACAGGUGGUAAAGAUUUUAAGAAUAUUUCUUUGCUUUGCGGGCCGCAAAGUGGGUGCUCGCGGGCGGCAUGCGGUCCGUGCGCCGUAUGUUUGGCCGGCCCACUUCAAACCAAUUCAGUAUUAUACAAGCAUGGUCAAAAUAUUCCGUGUGUAUAUUGGAUGCUACUGCAAUCAAAGCAAUGACUUCUUACAAUUAAACAAUGUACUUUGUAUCAAUAAGGCAAAGCAACAUCUUAGAUUUGUUGUGCAUUUUUCACGUUUCAAAUUAAAUUAAUUUAUGUAAAUGUCAAACUGAAAGAAUAUUGAAUUGAUGAUUUUUUUAAUUAUGAAAAAUCGAGACAAAAAUUUUUUUUGUAUGGGGGUGGGGUGGGGGGUGUAGGUUUAGACACUACCUAGGUCCCAACAGGACUGCCUUUAGCUCCAAGAGCCAUGCCUCUUGGUCCCAAAAGAACCGGCAUUAGGUUUUAACAGAACUGCCUCUAGAAUCCAACCGAAUGCUAAAUCUGGAUAAAUUCGUAUAUUAUUAUUAGAUCUAUUAUGUGUGCAUUUAGUCAUUGUUUAAUUCCAGCUUGACCUUCUUAAAAUUUCAAAUUUAGGAUACCUCUAUUAUCUAACGGAAGCCAUUGUGGAUUCGCUCCCUUUGGUCACAGAUAAAGGGGCCGACAAGGACAUUCUCAAGGUCAUCACCGAGCCAUUCACAGAACUCAUCGUUCAGGUAACUAUUUGGUUUACAAACCCAACAAUAUAGCACCGUAGUUACAUUCAUUCAAAUCCGUUAUAUUACUUAAAACUCAAAUCCUUAAAACUCAUCUGUUUAGGUCCGCCUAUGACCUGUGAUGCACCCUCCUUGCCCUACCUCAUUUUCUGUUUCGGGUUGAUCCUGAAGUGAGUUUCACAGGAGCAAAAUAUCGGUAAAAGUAACAAAGAUAUCUUUAGUAGUUACUAUCCUAGUGUCUCAUUUGUAUUUACUUAGUUUACAUGUUUUAAUAAUUGUAAAGCGCUUAGAGCUUCAUGAUAAGCGCUAUAUAAAAAUGCCUAAAUAAAUAAAUAAAUAAAUAAUCGACCCACUUCCCGUCAACCUAUCAAGCUGAACUUUGGCACAUAGACUAAUUGCUAAUUGAUUGAUUGUAUAUUUAUAUAGUGCUUGUAUCCACGCUACUUUAGCAUGCUGCCUGUGCCCUCAAGCUAAUGACAAAAUAUUCUAUUCAAGUUUCAGAUCCAUAACCCAAACCCAACCCUCAAAAUCAGUUGUUCCUGUUGUUCAUGGGGAAGAUGAAGGAAAUAGAAUGCCCCUGAUUUUGCGAGAAAAAAAAAUUCCCGAUUACUGCGCUCAAUGAAAGUCUUAAAAAUAAAUAGCGCAUGCGCGUUUGGUGCGUAAUAGUUUCUUUUGUUUUCUGAAAUAGUUGGUGAAAUAAAUCUUGCGGUGAUAAAGUGGCGGGUCAUAAAUAUUAAUAUAAAAUUAAAUAAUAAAAAUGCAUUGAAAGGAUUUGUAGCAAAAUAAAAUUUUGUUAUAGGGAUAGUUUAAUUUAAUUUCUAUUUAGAUCGUGUACAAUUAAAUCAAAUUUUAACAGCGGAACACUGAUUUGGUUGCUGUUGUUUGUUGUUAGAAUAUGUUUGUUUUUAUGUUGUAUGUCUUUACAAUAAUACGGUUGGUGUUGUAUGUCACUACACUAUGACCGGCUACACGUGACACGCGCCCCCCCCCCCCACCUUGCUCCAAAAACCAGGUCAACAAAAACGCCAUCACCAACAUUGCCAGAGGCAAAGACGCCGACGUCGACUCCGCCCACGCCAUCAUGAAGGUGUGCUGCGACAAGAGGACGCCGGCGGACUGCUGCAGCGACAAGCUGGCCAAGUCCUUCACCUUCAUCAAAGAGGGCGCCAACUACACGCAAUCUCAAAAGCUCCAAGUGUGUAGUGAGGUCAGCAGCUAAGUGUAUUAAGCUAAACUGGUUUUGAUAUGCAGUAUUCUAAUCGAUACUUUAAUGAUAAUUUUUUUUUUAAUGAGACCAAAAUAGAAAUGUCUACAUUGAACAUUUUUUCCCGCUUCUUUUCAUAGCUGAUAUAAGUUUAGUGUUAGGGCUGAUACAUUGGCUUGUCAAUUGAAACACGGUUGAUGGUAGCCCUGAAGAGAUUUUCUUGUCGAAUAUUUCCCAACGUGUUUGUAUUUGUCCGCAUGUCCAGCUGCGGGAUUGCGUUGGCCAGAACAAGUAUGUGGCGGUGCCGAGCUGUUUGAGCACCCCUUGGAGCUACAAGUCGUACGUCAUCACACGUGACACCGAGCUGAUUGACUGUGACAUUUUCAGUGGGUCCUCAGCUGAGCAAGAGUGCUGCCAGACUCGUAUUGGUGAGUUGAAAGAACUCUGUACACAAUAUCAGAUUUACUUGGACAGAACUCUGUACACAAUAUCAGAUUUACUUGGACAGAACUCUGUACACAAUAUCAGAUUUACUUGGACAGAAUUCUGUACAAAAUAUUUAUUUUACUUGGACAGAGCUGUAGACAAAAUUAAUUUUUUACUUGGACAGAAUGUUAGUUUAACGUGGACCGAAUUAUGAACAUACUAUCAGCUGUACUUGGUCACAUUUGCAACUUGCUUUCUUUUGACAAUGUUUGGACUUCAAGCUUUCAGGGUCUAUAAUGCUAGUAAUUUCUGGUAAGUCUGACACAAUCAUGAGCAUCCCCUUCAACUGUUCCAGGCAGCUUCUCAGCCAACACCAGCUACUACAGACAAGGGUGCGAGACCGUGAGUACAUGCUACACGUCACUCUCUCACAACUUCACGAUGUCCAGAUGCAUGUCGUCCUGGUCAAACGUAGAUCACGUGGUCGGGGAGGAGUUCUCUUGUACGAAAUACACACGUGACGUGGAAAAGAUCACCUGCAUCAGUGAAUGUGAGUGAAACAUCCAUGGAUUAGUGGAUUCAUUAUCUUUGGGUCCAUUCUAUAUUUGUCUACUUGCCUCAGGGUCCAAGCUAUAAUCGACGUAUUGGCAUAGGAUGCAUUCUAAAAUGAUUGGUUGUCUAAGGUUCCAUUCCAUAAUUGACUGGUUGGCUCACGGUCCAUGCUAUAAGUGAUGGUUGCCUCGGAGUCCAUUCUAUACUUGACUGGUUGGCUUAGGGUGCAUUUUAUGAGUGACAAAUACAUAAUUUUCCCAGUGGAAAAUAAUUGGCCUUGUGAUAAAUAAUCAACCGAGUCAAACAAGCUGGACUAAACUGUUUACGUUUUUAAACCAGAUGUUUACUAUGUUAACAAGUUUAAUUUUCUGUUUCGGUUUAAUCCUGAAGUGUCAAAGUGUCCUCUUUUUAUAGCCAUUUUCAUUGUUUCUAUAGAAUAGUAGUUACUAUCCUAGUGUCUCAUUUGUAUUUACUUAGUUUACAUGUUUUAAUAACUGUAAAGCGCUUAGAGCUUUAUGAUAAGCGCUAUAUAAAAAUGCCUAAAUAAAUAAAUAAAAUAAAUAAACAAUAAUUUAGAACAUUACCAAAAAUAAUUCCAAAAGUUUCUGUCAUCAAUAACUUCCUUUGGUUAAUUAAAAAACAUUUCUUUAUAAACAAUAUAAAAAACAAAAACAAAAAUAUAUUUUUUAUCUAAUAAUUUCAUCUAUGAUGUCAUUAAUCAUUUCACAACUUACAUUCCAGGUCAGUUCCUUUUCAAGGGAAUGUACCCAACCCUUAACGACAAGGCAAUCGGUGCAAUUCUGCUAGUUAUUUCCCUUGCCAUACUAUGCGCCUGCCUCGUGUCGAUCGUCAAACUGCUCCACUCGCUCCUGCAAGGUCCCAUGGCGCUGCUCAUCAAGAAAUUCAUCAACGCCGACUUCCCUGGCCCCAUGGCCUACUUCACCGGCUACCUGGCCAUCAUCAUCGGCGCCGGCCUCACGAUCAUCGUCCAGAGCUCGUCCAUCUUCACGUCCACACUCACCCCUCUCGUCGGCAUAGGAGUCAUCGAACUGGAUCGUAUGUACCCACUGACCCUCGGCUCUAACAUCGGGACCACCACCACCGCCAUUUUGUCCGCGCUGGCCAACACUUCCGGUCUGAGAAACGCCCUACAGGUCGCCUUCUGCCAUUUGUUUUUCAACAUCACCGGAAUUCUUUUAUUCUACCCCAUCCCUUUCCUUCGUUUCCCCAUCCCCCUGGCGAAAUUUCUGGGCAACUGUACGGCGAAGUACAGGUGGUUCGCCCUUGUGUACAUUCUCGCCAUGUUCUUCAUGGUUCCAGCCCUCGUUUUCGCCUUGUCCAUCCCGGGGUGGUACGUCCUCCUCGGGGUGCUUGGUCCCAUCGCAGUGGUCAUCAUCUUUAUUUGCAUCGUUAAACUCAUCCAAGCGAAACGACCACAAAUGUUGCCCAACAAGUUAAAAAACUGGAAAUUUCUACCGGAACCUCUCAGAUCACUUGAGCCGUACGACAAGGUCAUGCAGAAAGUUUUCUUCUGUAAACGGUUCCAGUCGGAGACGAAUGAUGGAAAAAUUCCUGAAAGUAGUUCAAAGCCAGGAGUCAUAACUGAGACGAAUGAUGGAAAGAUUGCUGCGAGUAGUUCAAAGCCAGGAGUCAUCACUGAGACGAAUGAUGGAAAGAUUGCUGCGAGUAGUUCAAAGCCAGGAGUCAUCACUGAGACGAAUGAUGGAAAGAUUGCUGCGAGUAGUUCACAGCCAGGGAUCAACAGUACACAACUGUAGGCAGUGUGCGUGACAUGUUUUGAAUAACACAUUAAAAAAACAACAACUGAAAGUGUCCAGUAAGGAGACCAAUAGAAAGGGCCCUAACUAAUGAGACUAAUGUCCUUACCCAGGCCUAAUACGAUUCAAUAACUUAACUGACAAAAGGAGCGAACUAAAGGACCUUAUUGACACUGUCACUAAUAUUGCACUUGUCACCUAGACAAUACUUAACGUGUACUUGUCACAUAGACAAUACUAAUAUGGAGUUGUCACACAGACAAUACUUGAUGUGGAGUUGUCACAAAGACAGUAAUAAAUAUGAAGUCGUCACAUAGAGGAUACUUAAUGUGGAGUUGUCACAUAGUCAAUACUUAAUUUGGAGUAGUCACAUAGACAACACUUAAUGUGGACUUGUCACAUAGACAGUACUGAAUGUGGAUUAGUCACAAUGAUAUUACCUCAUGUGGAGUUGUCACAUUUACAACACUUGAUGUGGAGUUGUCAAAUAGACAAUAUUUAAUCUGGAAUUGUUCUAUGUACAUUACUUAAUGAGGAGAUGUCUUGCCGAGUGUAGUUGUAAAUUGAUGAGGGACCACAUUCGAAACAAUGACAUAAGCAAUAUCGCUGGUGCCACCCUAAUCAGCCCUGACAUGACCCAACAUGACCUCAAGACCUAUUGCUUUAAAAAACUAUUUUAUUUGGUUGCGUGGCCUGAGUGGCCAAUACAUGAGCGUGCACGGCAUGUCAACAAUGAUACAAUGGUUGGAUUGUGUUAGGACAACCUCAAACCUCAACAUGAACCUCCAGCAGCUGUCAAUUACUGCGCCUAAUCUUUAACUGGACCUUUCCACGACGAUUCCCCCCACGAAUUCCCCCCCCCCGAAGACGCUCCACACGACGUCUACACACUAAUCCCACCCAACACCUCCACACGACGUCUACCCACUAAUCCCACCCAACACCUCCACACGACGUCUACCCACUAAUCCCACCCAACACCUCCACACGACGUCUACCCACUAAUCCCCACAACACCUCCACACGACGUCUACCCACUAAUCCCCCCAACGCCUCCACACGACGUCUACCCACUAAUCCACCCAACACCUCCAAACGACGCCUCCCUCCGAUGUUUCCCUACGACGCAUCUUCACGACGCCCCCACUGCCCACAACGCCUCUCUAUGACGCUUGACCCCACUUUACAUGACGACUCCAAAUGACGCCUACCAACGAAUUCCCCCAUCGCCUCCACAAGACGCCUCCUCACGACGCCUCAACAAGAUGCCUACCCACGAUGCCUCUCCAAAAAGCGUCCCCCUUAGAAGCGAAAGUAAUGCAAUGUUAGCAUCUCAUCGGCCCACAUUCUGAUGACGUCAUAAUUGGAUCUGUUCAUGUCAUUCUAAUUUUUAAAUGUAUUUUUAGUUUUCUUAAGUCUUUCUAUGAACGUGACCAUUGUAAAUCAAAGAUAUUGUGGAUUGUAGUCAAUUAUCCACAAGGUAUCAACUAGUGAAGCUAUUAAGAUUGUAUUUAACAGAGAUUUUAGCAAAAAAAUGUCUCGAAAUUAAAGCGCAUUUAAACAUCGAAAUAUACAAGUCUACUGCAUUUUAAAAUAAAUCUGCGCUUUUUAGUUGAAAAUACUUGGUGAAUUAAUUAAAUUACUUCCCUUUCAAAUUCCCAGGAUAGUUUUGUAGCUAUAAAAACGGGGAAAAAACGUUCUGUUAUUUGAAUCUGUUAGUUGUGGCCUCAGUCAACAUGACCUUUUAUCUUUACGAAAAAUCCCAUUUUUUUUUUCUCACACAAAAAUCUCAUCUUCCAGAUUUCAUCGGUAUAUUCCUUACGUUAAUAUUUGCUUUAAUUGUGUUUAAAAUAAAUAUAUCAUUGUUGUAGCGUGCAGUGUACACAAUGCCAUAUUAUUUUGUUGUACUCUUUUGAUGUAGCUUUUGUAGCGAAUAG